AUGGCUAUCAACGAAGACUAUCCGAUGAAAGACUCUGAGGAAUCCGACAAAGACCUAAUGCAAACUGAACAAACUUACGACUCUGCUCCUACAAGUGCUACCUUUUCUCUUUCAGCCUCUACCGGUAUCUGUCUCCCUUCGAUUGCAGUAAAUGAUAUAGACUGGGAACGACAUUCUUCAGAUAGAUAUUACUAUCCGCGACAGAGAAUUUCACACGAUAGACGAAACGGAAAAUUAAUAGGAGAGAAAAUAGGAGAGACCUUUGAACACGGAAAAGAAGGCGACGAAGCUCCCCCAAACACUGUAACCACUUUGAUCCAUCAACCUCACUCUGAACUGGCUGUGAAAAUAUCCAGCAUCACAAAUGCAUCAAGAGCCGGAUUGGACCUGGCUGGAAUAUUAACAAAAUUCACCCUCGAUACAAUGAAGCUGUCAACGAAAACUUCUCUCGGCAUUGCUAAAGCAGUCACUGGCGUAGUAUCCAAUGCUAUGAUACAAGCAACUCAGGAUGGCAUAGGACGGCUCUUUCUUCCAAGACUUAUCGAUGCCUCGACAGAUUUAUUGCACCGGACCAUUUCCAUAACUGAACAAAUUGCACUAGCCGGACUAGAGCUAACAUCCGAAACGGUGCAAUACACAUUGUCGACGGUAUCUGAUAGCACGUCCUUAAUAGAUACUCUUUUUGGAACUACCGACGCUGCGAAAGCCCUUGCCGAAUUUGUUGCUCUAGUCAAACGAGAAUGGGUCGUCCGCGAAGAAGGAUUCCAUGACUGUGAAGCCAUUGGGACAUUGGGUGUAUUCCAAAUAAUAAAGGCUUUAGCUGCCUGGGCUUCUUUACAGAGCCUCACGAGCCAACGUUGGGAAUCGGAGAUGACCGGGUGGAAAAAAGUUAAACUGGUCGAUUUGAGAGAUGUCUUGGAGGAGUGGGAAGAGAUAAAUCAUAGCGAUUCCUUAUAUGACGGCCUCGAAUGGUUAGAAGAUGAGGAAGAUGAAGAAAUGGUUCUAGUACAAUCAAAGACGGAUAAUUUGGUCGUUGGUGAAUUGACAAGAGAUGAAAAGCAGGGCGUACCGAGAUGGUCGGCGCCGGUUGAUGUAUACUCGCCUCGUUUAAAUUCUCUCUUUGCCGAAACAACUAAAAGAUUCUCCAAUCCUUAUCUCGAAGAGUAUGUUAAUCAGCCGGAAGAAGAAAAAUUAUUUACUCUACUUCAUAAUCUAAAACGGUAUUCAAAAUACUCCUCAACAGCAUACGACUUUAAAACUGCUAUAAUCAACAAACUUCCCUAUAAAGCGGCUAUAUGGCGAGAAAACGGUCGUUUACAGCGAUAUACGUUUGCUCGCGUUAAUAACCUUCCACUUCAUUCGAUCGUUCAUACUUCCCAUCAAGUACAAUCGACAAAUAACAGUCAUUAUAAGCCCACUUAUAUUUUAUUCAAAGAUCACGAUACAAAAAGUAUUAUUCUUGCAUUGAGAGGGACAAUGUCCAUACACGAUUUGAUUGUUGAUUUAUCUUGCGAGUACAUGGACUUCCAGUUACCAGAGGAUAUACAGAAGGGAGACGAAACAAAAUAUAAGGUGCACAAGGGAAUUUGGCAAGUAGCCAAGGACUUGUCUACUCCAGGAGCGGAGGGUAAUGUGUUUGACGUUUUAAAUAAGGAGAUGGAAGAUAACGAAGACUAUGGAUUGGUUCUUACUGGACAUUCGCUCGGGGCAGGUGUGUACAGUUGGGUGAAAUAUAUUAGACUGGGGGGGGGGCUUGGGUUUGGGAUAAUUAAUAAUAUGCUCAACAAUUAUUGGAUCAGUGUUGCAAGUGUUCUAGCUCUCCUGUGGGCAAGCCCGACGACGAGAAUGACAACACGCUGGUCAAAACUUCCUCUUGGACGACGCGUUCAUUGUUACGCCUUUGCCACACCGUGCGUAAUGUCCGCCGACUUGUCCAAACGGUCCAGAAGCCUAACCACAUCCGUUGCUUACGCCAACGAUUUUAUCCCGCAUCUAUCUUUAGGUCACGUGCAAGACUUGCGUGACAUGGUUUGCUAUAUGGGGUCCAAGAUCGACCCGGAGACCAACAAAGACCUAAUGUCGACUAUUUUAUCCAAAGUGAUUGAAUACAAAUCGAAACAGUUCUCUGGUGACGAUGAUCAGGAGAAAGAGGCUGCUAAGAAGGAACUUGAAGAAUACUUUUGGAAUACUAGAUCAAAAGUGCAUUCAAUAAUGUCAUGUCCCAAAUUAUAUCCAGCCGGAAAGUUGUAUUGGAUUAUAGGAAAGGAUAGAAUGCCAUUCUGUUUAAACGAUGACGAUGAGGAGGAGGAUGGGUAUAGAAAAGAUGAUAGUGAUAGGAAGUAUAAUAUGUUGGAAAUCGAAGACGUGGAAAGGAUGUUUGAGGAGAUGUGGUUUUCGCCGCACAUGAUUACUGAUCAUUUACCAAUGACAUACGGUGAGUACGGAUCGGGACUGUUUGGGAUACCAAAAUAUAGCUAA